AUGCUUAGUGCAUCUAAAAAGUCAGCGCUUGAUAUUUCGUGUGAUGAAGAGUCCAUGUUAAAAUCAGAGGAUACAGCCGCAAGCUUACGAUAUUAUGCAGCUAAGAACUGGCCAAAACAUCUUCUUAAGCUUGAUCACUCAAAAAUGAAAAAUGCGCAAAAGAUACAAAUAGUCACUUUAUUGUGUCGAAUGUUUACCCAACAAAGUACCAUGAAAUAUUGGAUAUUUACUGUCGGGCCACCAUUCUUGACUACGGAAAACCUGGGACAAGUCAGAAAAUGGCUGGAUGAUGAGCAAAUUGUAGCUGAACUACCCCCUGAUAGUCAAGAAUUUGUCAGGUCAACUUCUAGCUCACCUGCAGACACAUUUAAGUCAUUAGUCCAAGUUGUCGAAAGAUACUGGCUUGGUGAUUUACUAGGGCAUUCCGAAACUUGCUGCGACAUGGUUUUCAACUAUUUUUGCCUUAGGGAUGGGACUCCAGAUCUGCAGCAUGAAGGUUGCAACUCCGCCGCGACACUUAUCUCCCUAGCCGAGCGGUUGGGCAUGGAGAAAACAGCCAAUUGGUAUCGGAGAGUUGCUGUGACUUUACGUGACAAGGGUUUCCUUGAAGAGGCCUUGACGUACUUUACCAAAUCAUUAGAGCUUGACAGUACUCUGUGGCACUCGCGUGGUGGUAUGGCAGCAACAUAUUUCCAGCUGGGGCAGUAUGAGAAAGUUAUUGAACUGCACGCAUCAUUAAUAUCCGAAGUUCAACAGGGUACGGGGAAACCAGCUGGAGUGAAUAAGUAUCUUCAUGCAAUGCAUGAGGGGACGGCUGAAUGUUAUGCCAAACUGGGGGAUACGACAAAUGCGUUGAAAUAUUACAAGAAAGGCCACAGCGUUUCCCCUCAAUGCAACAAAUGUAUCUGCCAACUUCUACUUUUGAUGGAUGCUCAGAACCUCUGCGAAGAUAUAAUCUUGACAUUGAAAGCUAUGCAAGGGAAGAUGACCCCAACCGGAGAUUGCUCUUAUUUGGCCGUCUUCGUAUAUAUCAACUUUGAUGUUAACUCAGAUUACUUCAAACUUGUUGCGCGAGCUGCAAGAAAAACCGGUCAAGAGAAUUUUUUCAUCGAUGCUUGCCGAGAGGCGAUUCGUGUGACAAAAAAGCUGUUAAUCUCGGUUGAGUCAAGCAAGCUAGAGCUUUGUCUUGCGGAUUUCUAUUAUAAGUAUACAAGGGAGCAAGCCAAAGCUUUAAGGAUAUGGAACAAGCUGAUUGAGUCCUUUGCAGAACCAAGACUGGGAAGUGCCAUAUUCUUCGUCAAAGAUGAGGCAACAGACCGGCUAGCUACGCAUUACAGCCGAAAUCUAUGGCAAGCCGGCAUUGAUUCUUCAGAUGCAGAAAACGACGUCCAGAAUUUAGAGCGGUUAGCGAAACAGGAGUCAAACCCUCACGACAGUGGCUCCUCCAUAUCAUACGCUGCAAAUAAGGCUGCCAUUCGCCUUGGGCUGUGGUAUCGGCUACAAGAUAGAAAGGAGGAUGCAGACGCCUGUUUUCGGCCAUCGAUUAAAUACGCGCUUGAAUUAUUGUCAAGUGAUGACCCGGAAAAUGACACAUUCGCUUACAAAACCCUUAGGGAGGUGCUCUUGGCAACCGGUGAGGAUGAGCUAGUCAUUCCCAUUUUCUAUUGCCUAGUAGCAAUGGUCAACGAUUCGAUGAGGACUAAAACGGGGAUGUGGAGGAGGGGAAAUCAAGAUGAAACCACUGGUGACGAGCCUUUCAUUGGGGAAUGUAACGGAUGCCAGAAACUACUUCGAGGGAGCGACAACGUCUACGUCUGCACUUAUUGUCUUGGGAUGAUGUUGUUUUGCGAAAAAUGUGAACAGCUCGCAAAAGACGGUGUGAUACCUGAUGGGGUUUGCAGUAUAUCACAUGUAUGGAUGCUUAUCCCACGCAACCCCGAUCCAUAUGUGACUGGCAAGUUUCGUAUUGGAGGAGUUCUUGUUGAUUUAGAAGCCUUUAAAAAGCAGCUAGCCAGGCGUUGGGGCCUUUGA